AUGGCAGCUGCAAGUUUGUUGGAGUGGAUGCCCGAGUCGCUGUAUGAUUCAGCGAUCCGGGCACUAGUUUCUAGAUAUUCAAGGUUUCGAAAAGAACUCAGGUUUCUGCCGGAAAAUAUACAAUUUGAUAUAUAUUACAAGCUCUACACGCAAGGUAGGCUCUGUCAGCUGGGAAUGGAGUUCUGUGAAUUAGAAAUAUUUUCCAAGGUUUUACGUGUCAAUGAUAAAAGGCAUAAGUUACAUCAUUGUUUUCAAGCAUUGAUGGAUCAUGGUGUGAAAGUGACAACAGUAUUAUGUGAUGAGUAUUGCGGAUGUUGUGAGUCAGUUGCUAGGGUAAUGAACCGAGAUGAUGUUGAUAAAACUAUAGCUCUUGGGUAUGCUCUAGGUGGAUUCUUUACGGAAGCUGGAUGGUACUCUGCAGCUGAGAAAGUACUGCUAGCCUGUGAACAAUUAUGUUGUGUGUUCAAUGAUAACGCACACUGGCUGAAGGCGUUAGAAUGCUGUACAAGGUUACUGCAUGUUAGGAAUUGUAAUUGUAAAUACUACAAUGCGGAAGAAACAUAUUCAUCAGCUGUACAGUAUAUGGCUAAACUCCAACAAUCUUGUAUACCUGCAAACUUAGCUUCAUUACAUGGGGAACUAUGUGCACUGUUAUUUGCCAGAAGUCAAUAUGAUGAGGCAUUCCGAGUAUGCAUCGAUUCAAUGAAGAGCAUCACUCCAUGCAUGCCAGUCAAGGCAGUGAUUGCAAUACUUAGACAAACUUCCAAGGCAUGUGUAGUUAAACGAGAAUUCAAAAAAGCUGAGACUCUUAUAAAACAUGCUGUCUAUCUAACAAGGGAGCAUUUUGGUAUACAUCAUCCCAAGUACUCAGAUGCCCUUUUAGAUUAUGGUUUUUAUUUACUUAAUGUGGAUUCCAUUAGCCAAUCUGUUACUGUUUACCAGACUGCAUUGAAUAUUCGCAAAGCAAUAUUUGGUGGUAGAAAUAUCCAUGUUGCGAUAGCACAUGAAGAUCUUGCUUACUCCUCGUAUGUCCAUCAGUAUAGCUCAGGAAAAUUUGAUGAUGCACAUUACCAUGCAGAAAAAGCUAUUGAAAUAAUUACUCAAAUUUUACCAGAAGAUCAUUUACUGUUAGCCUCCUCCAAGAGAGUGAAAGCACUUAUUCUUGAAGAGAUUGCAAUUGACAGUCACAACAAAGAAACAGAAUCCAAGCUUUUACAAGAAGCCCAAGAACUCCAUUUAUCAUCACUUAAUCUUGCAAAGAAGGCAUUUGGAGAAGUGAAUGUACAAACAGCUAAACAUUAUGGUAACCUAGGAAGACUGUAUCAGUCAAUGCGUAGGUUUAAGGAAGCAGAAGAGAUGCAUAUUAAAGCUAUUGAAAUUAAAGAAAAACUACUUGGGGAAGACGAUUAUGAAGUAGCAUUAUCAGUUGGUCAUCUGGCAUCAUUGUAUAACUAUGAUAUGAAUAUGUAUGACGAUGCUGAAAAAUUGUAUCUAAGAUCAAUAGAUAUUGGAACCAAGCUGUUUGGAGCUGGUUACAGCGGAUUGGAAUACGACUACAGAGGACUCAUUAAACUAUACAACUCUACGGGAGAUUAUAGAAAAGUAGUUGACUAUCAUCAAACAUUAACCAGCUGGAAUCUAUUGAGGGAACAUAUUGAAGGACCACAGGAUGUACUUGAAGACCUAGCUAAAUAUAAACCUGUACCCACUCAUGAAGUUAUACAGCAGUUCUUAAGAGGGCUGCAUAAAGACAAAGCGGACUAAUUUUUACUGUGAUUGUAUCACCAUGGAUACGAUUGAACAGUUAGAUGCUCAUAAAUGAAAUUUACAUAGUGCUAUGUCCAAAAUAGUGCAGCUGAUUUGCAUAACCCAUGGCCAGCCAGUAUGGUGUUAGAGGGCGCCAUCACCAGCCAGUCCAAAGUAGUGCAGCUGAUUUGCAUAACCCAUGGCCAGCCAUCCAAUCAGAAGAUGAAACUUUUUAUAUAAUAAUUCAUAUAAUUUAUUUUAUUAUGGUUAGGCACGUUGUAACUAGUGAGAACGCCCUCACCCAGCAAUACAAAGUAGUGCAUGGCUGGCUACUUUGUUAGAAUUACUAUACAUUUUAGUUCCUUAAUUUAUUUUUAUGUUUGGUAAAUGUGGCCUGCAUGCUAGAGGGCAUUGUUUGUUUCAAUCAUAAUGUACAAAAUACAUGAAAUCAUGGUGAUGACCAUAAUAGCACAAUUAGAUUUAACAUACACAUCCUGAUGUUGCAAAUACUUGAACGAGUGCUGGCUUAAUUUAUACACAUUAUCUUAGUGGUCAGAUUCGUUUCAGCUAAGCAUCAAAAUAAUAGUAUUUAUUUGGUCUGGUCACACCAGACAAAACACAUUGCAGCUCAAUGCACUUCAUUUGCAUCUAUGACACUGGAUAUUUCUUCUGAUGUAGUGGCUGUGUCUUUGGGCCACAAGAAUUAUAUAUAUCAUCCCAUCAUAUUAUCGGAAAACCCAGGGUGUUUUAUCACUUGUUUUAAUUAUCGGUACUUUUUUUUAAAAAUUUGAAUUAGGUGACAUAGUGCAUGGUUACUGCUGUAAAUUUUUAAUAUUUUUAAAACAAUUUUAUUGUAGAUUGCAUUAAAAAAAGCAACAAAAAUGUGUGACAUGAACAGAUUAAGUGCACUGUGACCUAAGGUCAUGACCUCAAAAAUUACAUUUCACUUCUAGAACUCGCUUGUUUUUUUGGGGUUGCAGUCUGUUCGA